CUUUCAGAGGAUCCACCGAACAAGCAGUACACAUUUUUCUUUUUCCUUUUGAGAGAGAGAGAACAGGCAGUACACGUUGAAAGUCUGAAUGAAAGAAACUGCACAUAUCUGAAAGUUACUACAUGUGCAGGACUUGGAACUGCAACAGAUGAUUCUGAACUGUGACCGACUGCUGGAGAAGAUGAAGAUAGUCACUGCCCUAUAUCUGAGGGCUUGGGAAAGCAAGAUGCUUUACGACUGAGUGUGCAUAUUGAAAUAGUCAGUGGAUCUAGUGAUUUGAUACGUAAAAGUAAAACUGUGCCACAACAAAGAAUGAAACUAAUAAAACCCAUCCAUCAGUCUCAUAUACUCCUUCAACUUGCUGGAGAACCAGCCUAGUCUGCCAGAAGCCACGGUAUGGCAGGCCCCGCCGCUCACAGAUUGUUGCCAUGAAAGAGCCCUGGAACCAUUAGUCAACUCAGCUCAGUCACUGCUCAAGCUUUAAAUGAACCAUUAGUCCACUCCAACUCGAUCACUGAUCAAGCUUUAAAUGAAGCCCGCUUCCAUCAACAUUUUAUAUGCCCGCCCACUUCACGAUUGUCUCCAGUUUCUUACAUAUUCCAAGAAUAAUUACUACUAAAGUUCAUCUUGUUUAGGCCUGGACCAAGUAAUCUCCCUUACACCUCUUUCUUCAUAAGCCCUAAUCUCCCCAGCACCUCUUUCCACAUAAGCCCUAAUCUCCCCUACACCUCUUUCUACAUAUAUAAGCCCGCCCAUACCAUUAGCAAGCAGCACAACCACACUGCCCCCAGUCCCAGUGCUCACUCUCUUAACACCACCAAAACCAUGGGCCAGGCUAGGGCUUACCUCCUAGCCUCCCUAGCGGCGUUCUACCUCGUCGCCCUGGCCAUCCCCCAGGUCACCGCCGACAUGACCGACGAAGUCAAUCUCCUGUGGGGCAACUGCAAGGUUCAACGCGAUGGCACCGGCCGACAGACUGUCGCGAUGAGUCUCGACCGCUGGACGACUUCAGGAUUCUCCUCGAAAAUCAAGUACCUAUUCGGGAGGAUUGACAUGGAAAUCAAGCUCAUGCCCGGGAACUCAGCCGGCACAGUGACAACAUUUUAUAUGAUGUCAGAGGGACCAUGGCAAUUCCAUGAUGAAAUCGACCUUGAAUUCUUGGGGAACAGCACCGGCAACCCCUACACCCUGCACACCAACGUGUAUGCCAGAGGUGUAGGCAGCAGAGAGAAGGGGUACCGGCUUUGGUUUGAUCCCUCCCAGGACUUCCACACCUACAGCAUCAUUUGGACCCAACAAUACAUCAGAUUCCUGGUCGAUAACAAGCUGAUCAGGCAGAUCAAGAACAAGAUGAUGAAUGGUUCCCCCUAUCCAAACUAUCAACCAAUGAGGGUGUUCAGCACCAUCUGGAAUGCGGAUGACUGGGCGACACAGGGUGGGCGGGUCAAGACCGACUGGACACAAGCGCCAUUCACAGCAUACUUCCGGAACUACAAGGCCACCAGCUGCUCUCAAGGCCAGAACUCCAACGUCUGCGGCCAGAGCUCCCCCAACGGUUUGUUCAACCAGCAGCAGGACCAGAUGCAGCAACAGCAAGUGAAGGAGGUGGAUGCUAAAUACAAGGUCUAUGAUUUCUGCGAUGACUCAAAGAGGAGGAUUGGGUCCUCCGAGGACUGUCAAUCACAGUAGAAGUGAUUCAACUAGCAGACACAAAAGGAAAGGUGCAUUGGAUUAUUUAGCCCAUUCUUUCGGAACAUGAACAUUGUAUCCAGGUUACUUACGAAGUACCAUAAUUAAUGGUGUGUACCUUCAUAGAUAACCGGCAAGCUCAACGAUGCAAAAAACAAUUUCAGCUCUUCUUUUA